CUCAUACCUCCCAGAAGCCUCUGCGUCCAGGGCCAGGGCCCAAGACCCGGAAGCAAAUCCCAAGCUCUUUCGCCGCACUUCAGAGGCAGAGACGGAGACCAAUGGGCAGCAGGCAAAGUGGAAGUCGGCGUGACGACAACAAGGGGCGGGGCCGAAACGGCCCAGGGGGCGGGCAUUUGAAAUCAGUGCUUUAGAGUAGACCCUAAACAUCGUUUUAUACCUUCAGGAACCAAUUACUUAAUGUGUCUUCCGUUUUUCCCUUCCCCGACCCCCUCCCAGACUCCUUCAUUCCGGUGCUGCGUGGACGGAAAGCCCCGGGUAGCCCACACCGGGUUCCCGGCUAGCGAGCGAGAGCGUAGAGAAGGAUUACACCAAACUGUGUAAAUCCUACGGCUCCUGCUUCCUCUCUCCUGAGCUAGACCUAACAAGCCUAGAGAGCUGGGCUACGGAAAAACUAGUGUUUUCAUUUAAUUGGAUAUGAAGAAAGAACUAAUAUGUACGGGGGCAACCACGAUCUUUACAAAGAACAUAAGUUCCAGGAAAGCAGGAACCUUGUCUCUCUUGUUCACUGGUGUAUCCUCUGCAUAUAGAACAGUGCCUGGCACAUAAUAGGUGCUGAGCUUUGUUUAAACACUGCACUGAAGAAAUAACCUGUAUACGCACCCAAGACUGAGUGAUUCAAUAGACCUCCAGGGAACAGAGCUGGGUACUGACUGAAGAGCAGCACAGGCUUAAACCGUGCUAGUUCUAGGCAACUCUUCCUCCCAGAGCAUCAUUUGCUGGUGAAUCAGCAAGCCUAAGAAACAUUAUUAUUUCAUUUUCAUAAAGGCCCACUGGUGGUUCCUAGUGACUCAGACUCUCAAACCCAUUUUUUAAAAUAUAGAAUUUUCCAGUAUCCUCAACUAUCUAGAACAUACUGAAAAACUUUGUGAAGCUUGGAGCUUAUUAAUGGAAGCUAUGAAGUCUAAGGCCAGCUGUGCUCAGAACCCAAGCUGUACCAUAAUGAUAUUUCAUCCAACCAAAGAAGAGUUUAAUGAUUUUGAUAAGUACAUUGCUUACAUGGAAUCCCAGGGUGCACACCGAGCAGGCCUCGCCAAGGUGAUUCCACCCAAGGAAUGGAGGGCCAGGCCGACCUAUGACGACAUCAGUGACAUCCUAAUUGCAACUCCCCUCCAGCAGGUGGUCUCUGGGCAGGCAGGUGUGUUUACUCAAUACCAUAAAAAGAAGAAAGCCAUGACAGUGGGCGAGUACCGCCGUCUGGCAAACAGCGGGAAGUAUCAGACUCCACCACACUCGGGGUUUGAGGAUUUGGAGCGAAAAUACUGGAAGACGCGUCUCUAUGAUUCUCCCAUCUAUGGCGCUGACAUCAGCGGCUCCUUGUUCGACGAAAACACCAAAGAGUGGAACCUGGGACACCUGGGAACCAUCCAGGACCUGCUGGAGCAGGAGUGCGGUGUGGUGAUCGAGGGCGUGAACACCCCCUACCUGUACUUCGGCAUGUGGAAGACCACGUUCGCCUGGCACACGGAGGACAUGGACCUGUACAGCAUCAACUACCUGCACUUCGGGGAGCCCAAGACUUGGUACGCGGUGCCCCCGGAGCACGGCCAGCGCCUGGAACGCCUGGCCAAGGAGCUCUUCCCGGGCAGCGCCCGCGCCUGCGAGGCCUUCCUGCGGCACAAGGUGGCUCUCAUCUCGCCCACGGUGCUCAAGGACAACGGGAUUCCGUUCAGUCGGAUCACGCAGGAGGCGGGCGAGUUCAUGGUGACCUUUCCCUAUGGCUACCACUCUGGCUUCAACCACGGCUUCAACUGCGCGGAAGCCAUCAACUUCGCCACCCCGCGCUGGAUCGAUUACGGCAAGGUGGCCUCCCAGUGCAGCUGCGGGGAGGCCAGGGUCACCUUUUCCAUGGACGCCUUCGUGCGCAUCCUGCAGCCCGAGCGCUAUGAGCUGUGGAAGCGCGGGCAGGACCGGACUGCCGUGGACCACACGGAGCCCGUGGCGCCCGGCGGUCUGGAGCUGAGCGCCUGGCGGGAGGUGCGCGGCCCCGGGAGAGGCACGUGGAGCCUGCGGCACCUGCCACGGCGCCGGGCCCCACGGGCCCCGCGACCCGGGGCGGCUGGCUGGAGCCCCCGCCGCCGGCGCCGCCGCCUGGCUCCGUGCCAGGCCUCCCCGCACCCCUUACCCGCCCAGAGUUCUUCCUCUGCUGCCCAGUGCGGGGCUGUCCCCGCCCGCCCCUCCGGGGAGCCUGGCCCCACUGGGCCACAGCCCCCCACUCCCUGUGCCCCAGGUCCCCGGCCCUCCCCUGGCAGGUGUGGUCCUGGUCGUCGUCCUCGGGAACAGGGGGCUCAGGGGGCUCAGGGGCCUAGCCUCCAAGCCCGGGCCAAGAGGCGUGUCUUGGGGGGAGCGGGGUACCCAGCUCCAUACUCGGAGGCUCAGCACUUUCCUGUGGAUGGAGGCUGGGUGAACAAGCCCGCACCACUGAGCCCUGGGCUCAGGCAAGCUGCUGAGGCUUCCGUGUCUGGCUGUGCCCCAGUCCCCUAAGCCCAGGAGACACUUUUGUAACCCACUGCUCUUGAGUGUGGCCACAGUAUUCUUGAGACUGGCCAUAUUUAUGUCAGAGCUUUGGGCGAGCUUGCAGGACACUGGUCUUGCUUGAGAGUCCUGUGAUGUUGCCACUGAUGCGUUGAGUCCAUGUUCUUUACCAAGUUCGCCAUAAUUUGUUCUUUCCGUCAGACCCUGGAAUGUCUUUGGACACUGCUGAUGCCUGUUUCGCCAGCUGAGCUUUCAUCCACUAGGCAUUCUUGUGUGUCUGUGAGCUGGGUCCUGUGGAGGUGGCCAGAGCCUCAUCUCCCCCAGACUCCUAUCCUCUGGGCCAACUAUGAAUGCUGCUGGGUUUUGGUUCUCCUCAAUCUCCCUCUUUUCCUCUCCCCCCCCCCUUCCCCCUUUCCUUGAAAAACUAGGCCCUUUCGGUCAGGAGAAGCUCAGAAAAUAAUUUUUCAUCUUUCUGAGGAUUCGAUGUAUUCAAAAUGUGUUAUCGCCAGUAUUUGUUCACAAACAUAUUACAGAUAACCAAACUGUUCAGAUCUGACUUUGUUUCUAAUA